CGCGAGAUUCACCUCGUCGUAUCGUUGUUUGUGCUAUUCGUUCGCUGGGUAAAAAACGGUGGAGUUCGCUUUUUUUUUUGUGCUGCCCCACUAUCUUUCAGAGUCGUCCGUUCAUAUUGGGAUAGCGGCAGCAGAAAUUACAACACCAAAAAAAAAACAAAGAUUUAUUGUUGUGAUUGCACGUUCUUCUUCUGCUUCAUCUUCUAUCGCUCGAGCUCUCUAGCUAUCGCUGUGCGGCACUCGCAGAUUGUAACUUUUUUUUUGCUUUGAGAAAAGAGAAUUUUUCUCGUUGCAGUUCCGUCGUGAAGUCGAUUGGUGGAAAAUUAGCUCUCCGGUAGAAAGUGUUCAAAUCAAUUUCGGGCAAGGAAAAUUGCACCAUCCCAAAGAAAAAAAAAGUUUGGUGCCCCGGUGUUGAAUAAGCGUAACGCGAAGCAGCACAAAGUGUGGUGUGACAAGGUGCGAUACGAAUUUUUCAACCCGACUACCUGUGUUUUGUGGAUACCUUGCGCCUGGAGGCUGAUGCUGCAACAACAAAAAUCUGGAGGAAGGAUCAAGAACAAUUAACCAACAAAUGUGCAGCAGAACCGGAGUGAAAACAGGCAAUAAUUUGAAGUGAAAAGCAGUGAGGGCACUACGGCAGUUUCGUGUUUCUGGAGAAAAGGUAAAGUUUGGCCCCUUUUUUCUACACAUAAUUUCCUACCAGCCGGUGAAUGUGUUUGUGUUUCGGUGUGGGUUUGUUUUGAUUGGUUGCAGUCAAUUUGGAAAGUGAAUCAUUAUUUUUCAUCUGCACUACGAAAGUGACGAAAAGAAGAUAUUUUCGAUAAACCAGUGUGUCAUCAGUGUGGUUUCCGGGAAAAUCUAGUGUGAACAUACAGCAAAAAUUGGAAAAGUUUUUAAUUAAAAUCCUCGCUACCUUGGCCUUAAGUCUUGUUCCGGAACAUCCAGCGAAAAGCAGUUGAUCUCAGGGGCAUCGGCUGAGACGCCGAGAAGUUGAAAAAGAGGCCGAGCUUCGAUUCCGGAUCACUUUUUGGGCACGAGACCGUGACUCGUCACACCCACGCCGGGAUUAUAAAGCUGGAAAAUUUCUCAUCUUGAUACUGGUGCGAAGAUUUUUUCUUCUUCGACCCCAUUUGAUUGAGAUUCCAGCAACAUCAUCUUCCGACCAGAAGACGCGGACUGACUGACCGGAAGGGAGGAGGAUGCAGUGCGGUGUUGAAACCAUGAACGACUGUGAGAGAUCGCCGGGACGGACCGGCCUAAGGGUCAAUUUCACCGACAAGGGCGAGGUGAAGGAGCGAAGGGAGAAGUUCCUGACCGCCAAGUACGGAUCGCACCAGAUGAGUCUGAUCCGGAAGCGGCUGGCAGUGGAAAUGUGGCUGUACGACGAACUACAGAAGCUGUACGAUCCACCCACGGAAGCGAUAGACGUCGAUAUCGACGAAAUCCUCGAUAUGGACACCGAUGACAUCAGACGAUCUCACUUAUUUAGCUUAUUAUCCGCAUGCAAACGACCACCUCAGGACAUAUCGAAAUUCAUCAGCGACUUGCUGGACCGGGCAAAAACCCUUUGAGCUGGGCUGGUCAUUUCGGUUUAAGCUUCUCUGGAAAAAAAAUUGCAGAGCAAAAGCAGUAUCAGCAAACAACAGCAAACUAUCAACACUAAACUAAAAAAAACACAAGUGAGGUGUGAGAGAGUAAAUUUUAAAAUGUAAAACUUGACAGCUAAAUAAGGGACAGGAUUUAAGCAAGAAAAUGCAACGUCGUCGUCAACAAAGAAGUUUUUGAUAUUUCUUUUGAGCUAUAGGAAGACAGUGAGGAUAAAUCUGCGAAUUUGUUCGAUUUUCUGUAGGUACUCUAUGUGAAUGUUUCUCUUCCAUUUUUGUUUAGCACUAGACUUUAAGCAAUGCCACUAGGGUGGCUGGAAAGUAAAAAGAAAAACUUUAAAUAAAAUAAAAGAAAACCUCACACAGAGACGAUUGAAAGCAGACCGGCGACCAGCAAAUGGGCGCUAGAAUGAGAAAGAUUAGAUUUUUUCUCCAAAGAAUACUUGGUAGUGAUUAGUAGAAAUCUAUAAAAUUAGCAUCAGUCGAGUGAAAUGAAACAAAAAGAAAUACAGAAAUAUUAAUAUGCGAUACAAAUUAAGUUGUAAGUAAUUUAACGGCUAAGCGAAACAGCAACAACAAAAAAAAACACCUACACACACAUACACUAUUGAAGCAGUUUGUUAACUUUCUGAUGUUUCUAUGUUUAAGUUUUCUCAAUCAAAAUCUCCUAUAAGCUAUGUAUAGUUUAGUGCUUAUUUUAUGUCGGCUAGCAUCCAGUUAAUCGCGUUUGGAGUCCAGAGCAACUCGUUCGUAUUGUUUUUGAUCACCCUCUUUCAUAGGGUAAAAACCCUCGGAACACCACUGCCAGAAGAAUUUUAAGCCAUCUGGCCAUAUUGAAAUCAACCGAAUCUGCUCAAGAGGAGAGAGACUUGAAUUAGGUGGAAGCGAGAGGCAGUUUAAAAAUCGUAUGUUUUUGAAAACAAGAAAUUUGUCGAAGUAUAAUUUGCUCAAACAUCAACAUCACAAUACAGUCUCCUCGAUAGUGAAGUGAUCGAUUAGAACAAUUUUGUAAAACACUGACAAAAACGAACGACGUGACAAUGUCACAAAAACAACUUAAAAUGUUGAUUAGUAAACCAAUAGUGGGAAAAAAUGUAACACAAAGUAGAACCUCUAGGAAACAUCUUCCUCUCGCAGAAUUAGGGCAAAAUCUACCUAGUACAUAUGCAAAUUUACAAUCAUCUAUCAUCGAAGCUAGUUUACCAUAUUUGUUCUCUUUCGUAUUGUGUAAGCUUGAAAUAUACUAAACUAAACUCAACAUUGUAUCAGCUAUCCUGAAUUCGUGAUUAUCCCUAAAGUUAAGCUCAUCUUAUCAUCUGCACAUCAUCAUAUCAUCGAAUUAGACAAAGCAACAACAAAAAAAACAACACC